UCCGCCACGCUGUUUCUCCUGCGGGGUUCGGAGCGCUUGCCUCGAGUCCUUUCGAGGGGCAGAAGCUGCGGCAUGUUGCGCGAGGCGCCGCAGACCCUGGCGGUGGCCGAGCUGCUGCUCACGCUGCAGGGCGAAGGAGAGGAGGAGGCAGGAAGCGACAUCCUCUGUCUGUGCACGCGAGCCUUCGUGGAGGAUCGAAAACUUUACAAACUAGGCUUGAAGGGAUUUUAUGUCAAAGAUGAAGGUGAGAGUAUAGGGGAAGAUCAAGUAACCACCGAGGAUGAAGAAAAAGACAAGAAACAUAAUUCCUUUGGGGCUGCUGAUUUAUCUAACAGUCAUGCUUCUGGAGUGGAAGACAUUGAACUCGAUUCAGAGGCUGAACUCAUGAAACGCAUGGGCUUACCUGUUCAAUUUGGCAAUGCAGCAGCCCAUAAGACAUUGGCACUUGAGAAUAUAAGUAAGAAAAGUAAGAAAGUGAAGAAGAAGAUGAAGAAAAAGAAGAAGAUGUUGCAAAGAGAUAUUUUCACAGUAAUGCAGGAAUCAUUGAAAGAAGAUCAUGAUGAAGAUGACCUCUCCUUUUCCGAUGAUCACUCUUCAAUUAAAAAGGGAUCUGAGAAUGACAAGAGCUGUGAAAAUGGAGACCAUUUACUUGCUGAGUUUCAUAUGAAAGAAAAAUGGGAAAAGUAUUGGAGUGAGUAUGGAGAAGGACUUCUGUGGCAAAGUUGGCAAGAGAAAAAUUUUGAACUUUUGUCUAUUACUGAGCCUUGGAAUAAUCCUGAAGUAAAGGGAAAGUGGGAGCAGCACUAUAAUGAACUAUACUGGUAUUACUGGCAACAGUUUCACUACUGGGCAAGUCAAGGUUGGACUGUUGACACCACACAUAAUAGUGACCUGGAAAAUAGUGCAGGGGAGCUGGAAACCAAGCAGCCAACAGAAAUGCAGAACAUUGGUGUAGACAGUGUUUGUGUAGGAGUGCUAAAUACUUCUCCAAAUGAUAAUCACUGUAAUAGUGACAUUCUUCCUGAAAUUAGUAAAAUAAAUCUAAACUCUGAAGAAACAGAACAUAUCAAAUUGGAAAAUGCGGUUGGUUAUAAUGGUCAGAGAGGACUGAGCAUAACAAGCACUGAAAGGUGUUGUCCUUGUGAUACUGCUGAGUCUGUGAAAUGUGAUGAGGGAACAAGAGAAAGUAAUGCGUCUUCUGAAAAUGGAUGUUCAGACAAGCCAGUUUCACAGGGGUCAUCUAGAUCUUGUUCAGAUGCCACAGGAGGUAGGGGAUCGCACAGUAACAGUGAUGGUGAUGAUGGUGAUGAUGAUGAGCCACCUGAACGCAAACAAGUCAGAUUAAAGAGGAGCCAUGAAUUGGAUGCUGAAGAACAUUCCCGGGCUGAUCCAGAAAAGAUUUGCUGUCUUUUGGGGCUCAAACAUGGCAGAGGACAAAAAUACAGAGACAUUCCUGACUUCAGUGAAAGAAGAGUGAGUCUUCUCAAUAAAAAUAUGAAGUUUAAAUCAAAAUUCUUGGAUAUGCACAGAACAGUCAAGACUAAAAGGAAACACAUAUUUUUUACAGAAGAAUCUGAGACAGGGGCAGUUAAAAAGAGCAGCACUUUGAUUAAGGUAGAACGCUUCUUGAAACAAGUGAAUGAGCCUGUGGAAGAGAUGUCUCAAGACAGAGUUCACCCUGCUUCUUCCAGUAGUGAUUCAGAGGAACAUGAAAACGUUGCUGGCUCACAAAAUAAUUUGGAUUCUCCCAAAAGUGACCUGCCGUUCUCCAGUUCAGAUUCUGGUAAGCGUGGAGGAAACAGCACUGAGGAACAAGGCGAAGAAAAUCUGGUAGUCGCAACAAGUGACUGGAAGUUCCAGGAGCCUAAGGAAGAGGCAGGAAGAGAAGAUGCACAUCCUUCAGGAAGAGAGUUAGUUCCUAUGGAUAUUCCGAACUACCUGCAGAAGGAAACAGAAGGUGAAGUAAAAACUAUGAACAAGAGGAAAAUCAAGAUAAUACUGAAGAAGACAAACAGGUGUGGGCAGCCCCUGCCCCCUGAAAUAGUUGCUGAUCCCGAGUUGGCUAAAUACUGGGCACAGCGGUAUAGACUGUUCUCUCGAUUUGAUGAAGGGAUUCAGUUAGACAGAGAGGGAUGGUUUUCUGUUACGCCUGAGAAGAUUGCAGAGCAUAUUGCGGAUCGUGUAAGUCAGUCCUUCAACUCUGACUUAAUAGCAGAUGCAUUCUGUGGCGUGGGAGGAAACGCUAUUCAGUUUGCCUUGGCAGGAAAAAAAGUAAUCGCAAUCGAUAUUGACCCUGUGAAGAUCAGUCUUGCUCUCAACAACGCAGAAGUCUAUGGAGUAGCAGACAAAAUAGAGUUCAUAUGUGGAGACUUCAUGAAGCUAGCACCCAGUUUAAAAGCAGAUGUUGUGUUUCUGAGCCCUCCAUGGGGUGGGCCUGAAUAUGCUGCUGCAGAAAUCUUUGAUGUUCAAACUAUGAUUUCUCCUGAUGGAUUUGAAAUUUUCAAGCUGUCGCAAAAGAUUACCAGCAAGAUUGUGUACUUUCUUCCUCGUAAUGCUAACAUAGAUCAGGUAGCUUCCUUAGCUGGGCCAGGAGGAAAAGUUGAAAUAGAACAAAACUUUCUGAACAACAAAUUGAAAACCAUAACUGCAUACUUUGGUGAUCUAAUAAAAAAACAUGCAUCCUGACUUAUUUAUGUGAGUGAACCUGCUUGUCAAGGCAAAACGUAUUAUCCCAAAGCUUUGAAGAAUACUCCCUUUGCCUGUUAUCUAUUUUACAAUCAGUGGCUCCUCUAAAAUAUUGUCAUUUUAUUAAUUAAUGAAAAAUGGUUUAGAAUGCCUGUUGCAGGUAUCAAUAAAAUAUUUUACAAUAAG